AUGAUGAAAGGAUGGAGAUAAGAGAUCAAAAGGGUAGAGAAUGCGAGAGGAGAGACAAGUAUCGGGACCUCGAGGCUGCUCUUCAUAUUUCCCGGCAGCCGCCACCGCGUCGGUCGUCUCCGUCGGCGGCGUCUGCGGCGGAGAAGGAGAAGGAGCGACUCGUCUCUCUCGACGUCUUUCGUGGGGUUACAGUUGCGUUGAUGAUACUUGUGGAUGAUGUUGGAGGGAUUUUUCCAUCUAUCAAUCAUUCGCCUUGGAAUGGCGUAACCCUAGCAGAUUUCGUCAUGCCCUUUUUCCUCUUUAUCGUCGGUGUUGCUCUCGCCUUUGCUUAUAAGAACUUGUCAUGCAGGUAUUCGGCAACAAGGAAAGCGGUUCUUCGGUCACUGAAGCUCUUUUCAAUGUUUAUUUGA